GUAAUUUCCGGUAUCGCCACCUAUCGUCCGAUCGGCCUUGUAGCCUGUGGUGAUUUACGGGGAUCAUAAUUGUACUGAGCCCCGAAAACAACUUGAUACCUGUCAAACUGAUUGCGAUUCUACCUGAUACUGUGUUGAAGUGAAUAUGGAUUCUGAUCAACAGAAAAAGAUCUACGUGGGCGGUAUAAGCUAUCAGACCGAUGAGUCUACAUUGCAUUCUGAAUUUUCGCAGUUUGGUGAAAUAGAAGAAGUCGUUAUCGUGAAGGACAGAGACACUCAGCAGUCCAAGGGGUUCAGUUUCAUCACUUUCCAAGAUGAUGCAUCGUGUCAGAGUGCCAUUGACGCCAAGAAUGGAACGCCGUGGAGGUAGAGGAAGAGGGGGCGGAUUUGGAGGAGGAGGUGGCUUCAGAGGCCGCGGCGGAUAUGGUGGUGGCCGUGGCGGAUAUGGUGGUGGCCGUGGUGGAUAUGGAGGUGGCGGAUACGGAGGUGGAUAUGGAGGCAAACAGGGCGGAUACAGUAGUGGCGGCGGAUAUGGUGGUGGUGGAUACGGAGGUGGACAAGGCGGAUAUGGCAGUGGUGGAUAUGGAGACAACAGUGGUGGAUAUGGAGGCGGCAGUGGCGGUUAUGGAGGCGGCAGUGGCGGAUACGGAGGAGGCAGUGGUGGAUACGGUGGAGGUGGAUAUGGAGGGGGCGGCAGUGGUGGCUAUGGAAGCGGCAGUGGCGGAUAUGGAGGGGGCAGUGGUGGUGGAUAUAAUGAUUACAGCUCUGGUGGAUAUGAUCAGCAACAGGGCGGAUAUUAUUAGCUGUGAGCAGUGAAGACCAGAAUAAGAAGUAAAUAUAAAAGCAUACAUUACAAGAUCAGGACACUGGACUUUUUGUAAAAAAAUAAAUAAAUAAAAAAGAUGCAUUUUCUAUUAUGUAUAGACUUGGCAAGCAUCUUAGAAACCACAAAUUAGCACGGCUUUCAUAGUGCUUCUCUAUUUUCAUACCAUUUGUAUUGAAUACCAAUCGUAGCUAUUCAACUUGCUAUAAAACAAGCCAUGUACUGUGUGAAAGUAAUCAACCAUGCAAGAUAGAGGCAGGAUUAUUAGAAUUAUCAACUCGAAAGGACUUUCUUAGAAAACUGUGCAGUCAUCAGGCAAGAAAAAAUUCUCUGGGACACAUUUAAGGGUCUGCAGAAUCUGUAUCCUAGCAUUUGCUUGAGGGACCAUGUUUGAAAUAGUACAUACAUCAAGAGAAAAAUCAAUGGAUUUGUAAUCAUGAUCAUCCUGCGCCAUUCCAUACUUAUGAGGUGUUCAUCAAAUUCUCCGAACAUUGUGUAUUUACGAUGAACUAGCAUGGCUAGUAAUAUUUGCACCAGUUCAGUAUUUAAUGGCAAAUGUUACAUAGACACAACUUGAAAACAUUUUGUGUUUAAAUAAGGGGGAAGAUAUAUGUAGACAAUAAGGAAAAACCUUUUGACCUCCAUGUGUAUUUGUUUAUAUAAAGAAUGAUAAUAUCUUAAUAUGCGGUUCUUACAGAAGUUUAGGGGAGGUUAUAGAUAAUAUGUAAGAUUUAUUUUCCCUUGAUUAAAUAUUUUGAUCACAGGAGUAAGCAUGGGUUCAAAUAGCAUAAGUACUAGCAUUCUUGACUUGGAAAGAUGAUUAAAUAAUUUAUUUUCCAAAUGGUAACAAUAGCUUAUGUCCAAGUGGUUUAAAUGAUAGGCAGAGUUUUUUCUCAGAAAAAAGGAUUCAGCAAAAUGUUUAAAUGUAGGGCGAUUUGAAGCCUGACUUACUUCAUUAAUUGUAUUAUCUUUGUAGAUUUAAUAACAGUAUACAAGAGGUUAAAUAUCAGCAGAUAAUAGACUUCUGCAAAGUAAAAGUGAUGGAAGUCGCAUAUUAAAGCCAAAAUGAUUGAAAAAUGAUGUCAUCCUACAGUUUUACGAGAUAUCUGUGCACCCUUUUGUAAAGCCUGUAAUUUUUUUUUUUUUUUAGCUUCUUAAAUGACAGAGACAACUAGUUGGAUAGUAUGUUAAUUUUCAAAAGAUUUUAAAUCGGGAUUGGAUUUUAUUUUCAUUUAGUAAUGAAAGUAAGCCAUACUAACUGAUAAAGGACUGUAUUUUGUAUGUGAGAUUUAGUUUUGUUAUGCUAUAGUUUUGAGUGGUUAUUUUGCUUCCUGGAGUCCUGGUAAUGAUAUGAAAAAAAACACAAGUACUGCAGACUCUCCUUCUACUUCAAGGAUGGUAUAUAAAUAUUUCAUGUAUGAUUCAGUUUUGUACUCAAGUUUCCAUGAGAUAAAAAAGUUUUUACUUGUACAGAGUAUAGGGAUAUAAAGCAUUCUAUGUUUUUAUAUUGUUUGAGAUUGAAUUUUCCGUUCUUCAUGACUUAACAAUAAAUCUGGCAUUACAUUGUGA